AUGGCCGAAUACACCUCAAAGACUCGUGCACCUCUCGCCGAGGCCACGAAUCGCCUCAACGUUCCUGCGCCCGCUCAAAACCACCAGAGCCACAAGGCACGAUACAGUCAGUCUGGCGCUCCUCAAAGCCAUAGCUAUCACUCGCAUCAGAAUAUGCAGCCAAAUCCGCGCGGUCAGGCAGUGGCUUAUGACGCCUAUGCCCCUGUUGUACAGAAAACACAGCAGUCGGCAGAGGCUGCGAAGCGUCUCUCCCAAGCAUCCUACGCAUCCACCUCCAGUAGCCAAAGCAGGAAGAAUUACAAGACACACAUCGGACCAUGGCAACUAGGAAAGACUUUGGGAAAAGGUUCGUCGGCUCGUGUUCGGCUAUGUCGCCACAGCAUCACCAAGCAGCUUGCCGCUGUCAAAAUCGUCAACCGUCGGAUGGCGUAUCUUGUUCAAGAUAGCAGCCUGGCUGCUCUCAGCAAGUGGGAUUCGAGCCUCCCCGAAGUCAAUGGCGAAAUGCGUGUCCCCGUGUCGAUUGAACGCGAAGUUGCCAUCCUCAAGCUUAUUGAACAUCCCAAUAUCAUGAAGCUCUAUGAUAUAUGGGAGAAUCGCUCUGAAAUUUAUCUCAUACUUGAAUACAUUGACCAAGGCGACCUUUUUACCUUUAUCAACACAAAAGGAAGGUUGUCAGAGGAAGUGGCUGUCUACUUCUUCCGACAGAUGAUCAGUGCCAUUGCCUAUUGCCACUCGUUCAAUGUUUGCCACCGUGACCUGAAGCCCGAGAACAUCUUGAUCACUGCCGAUCUCCAAAUCAAAAUCGCCGACUUUGGCAUGGCGGCUCUUCAUCAGACAGCUACUCAUCGACUGGCGACGGCUUGUGGCAGCCCCCACUACGCAGCGCCCGAGCUUCUCAAGAAUAGACAAUAUCGUGGAGAUAGGGCUGAUAUCUGGAGCAUGGGCGUGAUUCUCUACGCCAUGCUGUCCGCAACUCUGCCUUUUGAUGACCCCGACUUGCGUGUCAUGAUGAACAAGACCAAAAAGGGACAGUACAAAAUGCCCGACUUUCUGAGCCCUGAAGCUGAGAAUCUCAUCGACCGCAUGCUCCAGGUCAAUCCUGAUCACCGCAUCACAAUGAAACAGAUUUGGCAGCACCUUCUGAUCCAGAAAUAUAACUACCUAGACGACUUUGGCCAGGACACUGGUCAGCCACCAGACACACGGAAGGGAUUUCAAUAUGCUCCAAUUCCGCCGCACCAGAUUGAUCCUCAGCUACUCCGACAGCUACGCUCCCUGUGGCACAUGUCCAGCGAUGACGAAUUGGAGAGGAAGUUGGGCUGCAAAGAACAGAAUGACCAAAAAGCAUUUUACUGGCUCCUCUAUAACUACCGUGAGCAGCAAUUGGAGGAUUUUAAGCCGGAAUUGUCUCAUUCUAUGAGUGACUACCACCAUCUCAAGCCAAACUCUUGGAAGAAGCGCGUUUCGACAUGCGAAUUCUCCCAGCCCAGAGCCAACGGCCACGGGAGAUCCAUUUCCCGUUUUACAGUCAUCUCAACGACAGCAGAGACCGAGGAUGGGACAGUUCAGAGUUACGAUCCCUAUAGGGGCAGUCGAAUGCUGAAGGCUUGCGGUUCGCAGGCCAGCCACGCGAGAAUCACUCGAUCGGCCUCUGCAGCGCAAGUCCAGCGAGGCCUUCACAACUCUCGAACAGACUCUAUGAUCACCAUGAAUGGGAUUUCGCAGCCUCAAGUUCCCUCGAGACCUCGGUCACCAACGCCAGAUAUGUCCCAACUGCCGGAUGGCACCUACCCCAGAGCCAAAGGUGGCCCCGUCUCCAAGGACGCCUCGCUUCUUUUUAACGAAGAGCUGCGUCACUUUAGCAACAACAUCGCCAAAGACUGUGAUGACGCAUUCAGGAGCUCCCUCAUCGAAGAUGACUCCUUUUCAGGAUCAGUGGCAGAUGUGGAGAGAAAGCAGCGCGCCUCGACACCUCUUUCUUUCACCAUUGACACUCCGUCAGAGGCGACUGCACCCACAGAGUUCUCAAAUAAGUCGUGGAGCAGCCGUCCCUUGCCGCCACUCCCAUCUGAAAAUGGCUUCAAGAGUCAGCAGACUACUGCAGUCAACUCUCGACCGGCCUCAAGAGCUGAUGAUAACGACACUCUCGUAGAUGAGAUUAAUCGACUGGCCUUUCCGCUGCUGCUUUCAAACCAGUCGGACCGCCGAAUUGUAUCAGCACCGGCUUAUGGCCAGGUAAGUCGACGAACGGGUACUCUACCAUGCAUCAGCGAGAACCCAGGUGUCAGCACUGCCAUUGUGGAAAAACCAAGGAUUGUGUCGGCGCCACCGCAUACGCCGCCAAAGAAGGCGAGCCGUACCAUGAGCGGUGCUGAGUAUCUGGGCCAGGUGGAAACUUCAAUCAGAGUUGUGACUUCUCCAACAGCACUGAGCCCUGUCAAGAUUCCAGAGCCACUCAACGUGCGAAAGAAGCUAACAAAGGAGGACCUUGGGCAGCCUCUGCAACGCCCACGAGAGCAAAAGGAAGAUAUGAAGAAGUCAUGGUUCAAGCGGUCGUUUAAGCUUGAUACAGACGGAGACACCUUGGUAGAGUCGAAAGAUGACAAGCAGCGAACCGUCUCUUGCGAGACUCGCCAGUCAGGCUCAAGUUCUACUACGGCCACCUCGACCAAGAAGAGGAAUUUUAGCUUCCCAUUUUGGAAGAGUAAUCGAAAUAGAGAUUCAAAGUUGAUUAACGAAUAUGAUGCGAGCCGAACUGAAGAGACGGCAACCGCCCAAGCCGAUAAGAAAGGACAAGGAUGGCACAAGUCGUCAUCUGGCAGCAGCCGCAACAUUGAAGUUAAGCAGAAUUGGCUUACCAGGCUAUUCCGCGUCAAACCCGCAACGAGCUGCAUCUGCAUGGCCUUGUCACGCAAGCGUACACGACAGGAAGUGGCCGCGUUGCUGCGGAAAUGGCGCAAAUACGGAAUAAUGAAUAUACAGGUGGAUAAGGAACGCAACAUUGUGUUUGCGCGAGUCGGGGCUAAGAACUGCCUGAACCUCAAACCAGUUGCGUUUGCCGCAGAGGUGAUGACGGUGAUUGAGCAUGGUAAGAAGCAACCGCUCAGCAUUAUCCGCUUCACCCAAGAACGCGGUGCCGCAAGCAGCUUCCACAGAGUUGUGGAUACGAUGAGGAUUGUGUUUACCGACCGCAAUCUCGUGGUUAAGGACCCAAGCAAGCAGAAGAUGAUGAUCAAGACUCUGAACUCGUGA